AUGUUCUUCUCUCGCACCGCCCUAUUGGCGGCUUUGGCUAGCUAUGCCUACGCUCAAACCUCAACGGACUGUAACCCGAUGAACACAACAUGUCCCGCGGAUCCCGCCCUCGGAACCGAGCACACCUGGAACUUCAACACAACUUUGGACGACAAGAUCUGGGACAUGGAGACCGGAGACUACGAGUACGGCGACGAUGGCGCCGAGUUUACCCUCACCGGAGAGGGCACCUCCACCCUCCUUUCGUCCAACUUCUACAUCUUCUUCGGUGUCGUCGAAUCCCACGUCAAGAUGGCCAAGGGUGCCGGUCUUAUCAGCAGUGUCGUUUUGGAGUCCGAUGACCUGGACGAGAUCGAUUGGGAGUGGGUUGGAUACAACACUAGCCAGGUGCAAUCCAACUUUUUCGGAAAGGGUAACGACACCUCCUUUGACCGUGGUGGCUACCAUGACGUGUCGAACGCCGACUCCGAGUUCCACAACUACACCACCUACUGGGCUGAGGAUGUGACCCAGUGGUGGAUCGACGAUGUGAUGGUUCGAGAGCUCAAGUACGAUGACAAGGGCACCCUGGGUGGAGAGAACUACCCCCAAACUCCCUGCCGUGUGAAGUUCAGUCUUUGGCCUGCUGGUACCAAGAAGGCCGCGCAAGGUACCAUUGAGUGGGCGGGUGGUCUGGUCGAUUGGGACGCCGCGCCUUUCACCAUGGUGCUCGGAAAGCUUCGCGUCAAGGACUUCCACACUGGCAAGGAAUACACAUACGGCGACCACUCAGGUUCCUUCGAAAGCAUCAAGGUUGAAGAGGGAAACUCAACAACCUUGACCGAGCUCAACAAGCCCCCUCCCAAGACCGCCGCCGACAAGUGGAAUGACCUGGGUGAGGGAGCUCACAUCGGAAUCUACUGCGGCGCCGCGGCCGGUGGUGUUCUCGCCAUCGCAGCCUUCUUGAUCUUCUGCCUGCGCCAGCGUCGCAAGGGCCGUCUCGAACACGCCCUCGACAACAACCAGUACGCCGAGAACCGCACGGAGAUGCAAAACUUCCAGAACGACUGGAAAGCCAGCGAGUUCAAGAACGGUGGCUACAAGCAAGUCAACAAUUAG